AUGCCUCCUGCUUCAUUACCACCACCACCCAAGCCAUGGCCCAUACCAAACUUCCAGCUCCGUAUCGACGACCUUGACCAUGAAGGCGUCGACAUUUUCUUGGCCGCUGUCAACCCCAAACAAGCCAUGCACGCAGCCGUCAUGACCAGCUUCCAAUUCCUCUACACCCAGCGCACCGUGCCCCGGACCGUUCGCCAGAUAAACCUCGUGCUUCGCCCGAUGGAUGGCGUCGCCUACACUUUUGGCUCACAAACCCUCAAGGAGAUCCAUUUUUCCUUGGAUUACAUCAAACGCACCGCCAACAGAGCCCGCGAUGAGAUCAUGGGUGUCCUCGUUCACGAGGUCGUCCACUGCUUUCAAUACAACGCCUUUGAUACUUGCCCGAGCGGUCUGAUCGAAGGCAUUGCAGACUUUGUGCGUCUCCAUGCAGGUCUUUCCCCGCCCCAUUGGAAGCGCACCGGUGGCGAUAGAUGGGACAUGGGGUAUGAAAAGACUGCGUAUUUUCUAGACUGGAUUGAGAACCGCUAUGGAGAGGGAACCAUACGCGAGCUCAAUGCCGCAAUGAAAGAUACCCAAUACCACCGCCGCAUCUUUAAAGAGCUCACAGGCAGGCCUGUGCGCAAGCUCUGGGCUAUGUAUUGCAAGAGUCUCGAAGAGUCGUCCGACGCAGAGACGACCGAGGGCUUCCUUCUCCUCCAUCACGAAUACGAGUCUUGA